CAUAGGUGUCUUCUACUGCGUUAUCUGGAAAAGCGAGAAUACACCCACUGCUUUUUCUUUUUGGGGGGAUAUCUUUUUUAAUGUCAAAGUCUCAUUUAGUUAGCGUACACACACUGCCUCUGCUGUGGCUAACGUUAGCUGACUGAGCUACAAUCAGAUACACACCGCUAACGUCAAUCUAACAAUGGUUGUCUUGUCUGGUGGAAGAUUUACCGAAAGCUGAAACUGCCAUGACUUCAUAAAGUGAUUAAUGCUCUGUGGGCUUUAUGCAAAUGAUGUGAUCGACAGCCACAAUCUACCCACAGCAGCAGUGUGUGUCCACCAGCUGCACAGUAGCCCCGGGUUUACAGACAGCUGCUAUGAUGGGCUGUAUCCUGGACAUAUCCAAACCACCCCCAUCCAGAAAGCCCUGUUGGCCGUCGGGUCAGGUGUGGCUGCACUACAAAAUCCCUACAGACAUGACAUGGUUGCGGUGCUCGGCGAGACGACAGGACACCUAGCGUUGAUAAAUCUUAGGGACAGGAUGAAAAAUGAUCCUGAAGGCUACACUAUCCUAACAGAAAGGCCCAGAAUCCGUCUGUCUACGCUUGAUCUGAGCAGGAUGGCGUCACUGCCCGAUGGCUCUUUUGGGAGAGAAUACCUCCGUUUUCUGGAGGACAAUCAUGUGACCCCUGACUCAAGGGCAGACGUGAAGUUUGUCGACAAUGAGGAGCUAGCUUACGUCAUGCAGAGAUACAGAGAGGUCCACGAUUUGCUGCACACGUUGCUGGGCAUGCCGACCAACAUGCUGGGUGAGGUGGCAGUGAAGUGGUUUGAAGCUGCUCAGACUGGGCUCCCCAUGUGUGCUCUUGGAGCUGUGUUGGGACCACUUCGGCUGAAUUCGAGCCGUUUACAGUCACUGUUCACUUCCUUGGGUCCUUGGGCUCUGCAGAAUGGUCGGCGGUCCCGCUGCAUCCUCAGCAUCUUCUACGAGAGACGAUGGGAGCAGAACCUCGAAGACCUCCGACAAGAGCUCAACAUAGAGCCGCCUCCUGUCAUACUCAGUGCUGCCAACAAGAGGAGCACCUGAGAAAGACGGAAGAAAGAGAUGAAUGAUUCAGGAAUCACAGGACAAAAGACUUUUAAUAGCAGACCACCCAGAAAUAUAGUGUCAUACUGUGGAGUUUCUGUAUGAGAAGGAUGUUAUUGAUGACUAGGGAAUGGGGAAUUUUCACACUUGGCAAACUCUGACUUGUCCAUUCUUACAUCCUGAAUGUAUUGUUCUUCAUGUUUAGUCAGCCUUUCCUCUGAAAUGUGAAAUUAAGUCAUUUCAACAGAUGAAGUGUUCAAGAAACGAUGCUAAGAGACAGCAGGUAGCCAGUUCAAGAGGUAAUGUCACGGACAUCAUGGACAAAAAUAAAUUUAAAAAACGGAAAUUAUAUCCGUUAUUAAAUACUUGCCUAUACACCAACGCGACAUUUA